AUGUCAUUUUCUCCCAUUGCGCGCAGAGCUUCACGCUCUAUCACCUUUUCCAUCCGAACAAUUCCCCGCCAGUAUAUCGUAGCGCCAGCCAAGUUCACACUUUCAACCAGACACCAAUCGACAAUGUCUUCCGACCAGCAGAUCAUCUUCACCAAGGACGCCCCUGCGGCCCUUGGCCCUUACUCUCAAGCCAUCAAGACCCCCAACAUGAUCUAUUGCUCUGGCCAGAUUCCUCUUACCCCCGAGGGUGAGAUGGUUCAAGGUAUCACUGAGCAGACCCGCCAGGCCUGCAAGAAUGUCCAGGCUGUUGUGGAGGCGGCUGGCUCGUCUAUUUCCAAGGUGGUCAAGACUACAGUCUUCAUCUCUGACAUGUCCUACUUUGCUGAAAUCAACACCGAGUACGAGAAGUGGUUUUCGCACAAGCCUGCCCGCAGCUGUGUGGCUGUCAAGACUCUUCCCAAGAACGUCGAUGUGGAGAUUGAGGUCAUUGCUCUUCCAUAG